CACAAAUUAGAGAGGUAUCCAAAGAUGUUCCCAGUAGUUGGAAUCUUACCAAGGACCCGCCAAAAUGCGUAUAAUAUCUUCCUCCUCCAUUACAACCCCUCUUCUCUCACCACGUUCAUCUCUUCCUCCAUCAUCGAUCCCUAAACCCCACAAUAUUCCCUACGUCCCCAUCGGUCGCCGGCACCUGCUCACUGCAGUCACCAUUUCCAUCUCCGUCACCCCUUUCACACCUCCUCAGCUCAACCCUCUACUCCCAGUGUUUGUACCAGUCGCAGAUGCCCGUGGCCUCUUCCAGAUGCCUCCAUUUCGUCUCAGCAAUAGGUAUUUUCUUGUGAGGGCUGGGGAAUCUGAGUUUGAGAGCUUGGGAAUCAUUAAUACAAACCCAGUUGCAAAGACAUCAGUGGAUAGCGGGUUGUCGGAAAAGGGGAAGAAGCAGACUCUAAGGGCUGCUUUUGAACUGAAGGCAAUGGGGGCUUGUGAAAAUGGAUGUUGGAUUUGGCCUUCUAUUACUCAGAGGGCUUAUCAGGCUGCAGAGAUUAUAGCAUCGAUUAAUCGGGUCAGCCGAAGUUAUAUUGUACCAGAGUACAGCUUUCUUGAUGCUCGCGGAUUGGGAGCUUAUGAAGGCAAAAACUUGGAAUCUGUCUCUGAAGUAUAUGCAUCAGAUAGUAUCUCUACUAGAAUAAAACCUCCUCCUAUUGACGAUGGAACCCCAAACGAGAGUGUUGCAGAUGUGUUUGUUCGCGUAACACAACUCAUGUCAAUUCUUGAGACCCAGUAUUCUGGUGACACUGUCAUUAUCGUCUCACCAGACUCUGAUAACUUGACAAUCCUACAAGCUGGUUUGGUUGGACUUGACCUACGAAGGCAUAGGGAUCUUUCUUUUGCUCCAGGUGAAGUCCGAUUUGUUGACGCCAGUAGUAUCCCUACUUACAAGCAACCUGCCUCUGCCUUAUAUAAAUGUUUGAAUCCACCAAAUUGUAACUAAUUUUUCCCUUUUGUUGUAAUUAAUGUACUCAAGCGGAAGUAAUGGAUGUGGCAGAUUGUCUACUUGUUUCAGAUCA